AACGAUUAUCAAACAAUCUGCCAAGACGUCAUUAUCCCGGAAACUGAUCCGAUCCUUGGUUGCUGAACAAGCUCACUGCACUGCAGCCCUAUGGAUGUAUAUACUAAGUAUACGGUUGGCUAUACUUACUACAGUUUGGCGUCCAGUCCGACUUUAUCGCGAGAAACUGACCGCUAUUAUUGAUUGACUGCUCCAAUCUGCGGUGUACCUAACAAACACAGGGAACCUGGCUCAGGUCCAAAGCUUGGUAGACCAAUUGUCACCCAGCGUCCACGUCCAAGAUAAAAAGCGUCUCGACAGCCAAGAACUACAUCUCUACCCAAUUUCACCGUCCAUGCUAGACAAAAGUCAACCGUGGAAAUCAGACCCGUCAUGGCUUGGGACCAGCUCAAGCCCACGCCCCUCCAUCUCUCCUAUCUGAUCCUCUCCACCUUUCUGGUCUUCUAUACCCUUUUCUCUACCUCGAUCAAAAAUAGACUCUAUCUGGCAGAGCCUCCACUUGCAACUGCUCUCGGGUUUCUGCUGGGGCCGCGAUGUACGGGCAUCCUGCAACCCAGAGCAUGGUACCUGGGUGACCAUGUCACCCAAGAGUUGACGCGACUCACCACUGGGAUGCAGGUAUUUGUGGUCGGUCUAGAGCUUCCCCAGUAUUACUGCACACAGCAUUGGAAGAGCGUGGGAAUGCUCCUGGGUCCCGUCAUGGCAGGCGGCUGGGUAGUCUGCGCGCUAUUCAUCUAUUUACUCUUCGACACUGGCAUCCCGACUGCAUUAAUUAUCAGCGCCUGUCUAACCCCCACCGAUCCAGUAUUGGCUGCGAGUGUCCUUGAUAGCUCCGAGGAGACGCCCGAACGGAUUAAACGGUUGCUCUCCGCUGAGUCCGGUUGCAAUGAUGGUGUUUCCUUCCCUUUCCUUUACAUCGGCCUAUUCAUCCUGCACCAUGGAAGCGCAACCGAGGUAGCGAAGGCCUAUCUGUUCAUCACCAUACUCUGGCAAUGCAUUUGCGGCAUCACCUUUGGUCUGCUAGUACUUGGAUUUGGCGGGAACCGCGCCCUCCGAUUAGCGCAUGGUCGCGGGUUAAUAAGUCCACAAUACUUCUCCCUGUUUCACAUUGUGAUGGCUAUUUUCUGUAUUGGACUCGCUAGUACACUUGGCCUGGACGACUUCCUCCUCGCCUUCAGCGCUGGCGUUGGUUUCGCGCGUGACGGCUGGUUCUCUUCAGCUCGAUCUGCUAGUCCACCGCCCGUUGCUCUCAUAGAUCUUGUCAUGAACAGCUCCACAUUUAUCUAUUUUGGAGCUCUAAUCCCAUGGUCUGCUAUAGGAGAGUUACCGACCAUAACUGCUGAACGAGUGAUCGGGCUAGUUGUCCUUGUGCUGCUUUUUCGACGACUGCCGUUUGUUCUUGCGUUCAAGAGAUGGAUUCCGGAUAUCAAGACUUGGAAGGAGGCUUUGUUCUGCGGUCACUUUGGGCCAAUGGGUGUUGGGGCACUUUUCCUCGCCAUUGAAGCGAGAGCGCAGUUAGAAGGCGAUAUGGCGCCGCCCUUGCCGCGACCGCCAGAGAAUGGUCUCGAUCCAGACGUGAAACGCGCAGUGGACAUUAUCUGGCCUAUAGUGUGUUUGGUUGUGCUGGGAUCGAUCGUGGUGCAUGGAUUGAGCAUGAGUAUAGGACGUCUGUGGUACUGGGUAUGUCGACGAAAGAGGGUAAAGUCGGUGUUGAUGAACGGUAGUGUUGAAGAUCGUGGAGAGGGGGCAUACCAUGACGGUGACGAUCACGAUGACCUCGAACAGAGGGCGCAAGGUGGUCUUUUAUGACUUAUGGAACGUACCGUAUCGAGAAGUAACUUUAAUUUUUCUGCAAUCAGUUUAGAUACCUAUUCUCGAAUAACACAAUUAAUACUAAUCAUAAGGCCUUUCCCCGUCCUGCUAUAUUACCCUCUAGAGAACAUGGCAAUCAGCCUCACAACUUCAUACGGUCUCUCCUCCACUGGGUAAUGUCCAGCACCGGCUAUCCAUACUCCGUUCUUUGCCCAGUCGACCAUGUGCUGCGGACCGAUCAAACGAACUAAUACGUCCUUAUAAUCCCUCAGAAGGGUAUCAUCCUGGCCAAACGCAACCAUAACUUUGAGAUCUCUCCAAUCUGAGUGUUCCAGA